GGCGUGCCAUCACUGUACUUGAUAAUUUGCAUGUUUUUCUCUGACUGAGCUAAGUCAUACGGUCUUUUGUUUUUUUCUACAUGUGCUAAGACAUAACAUUUAUAUUUGAAGAGGGUAAAAUACAAAUGCAGUUCUAAUGACUGGUUAGAUCAGUCAAAAAUAUUUAAUUCAUUGUUGGGAAAUAUCCGGUGACAUCAUCAUUGCGCGCGCUCCUAAUAACGCGUAACUGCAACGUGCGUUAGCAUUAGCUAGUGAGAAGUACCUUACGUGUAUUGAUAUCGUAUACUGCACCGGUAAUUAAUCAAAACAUAUCGAAACGCAAUGGAUGACGAUGAAGAAACAUAUAGGCUAUGGAAAAUUCGGAAAACCAUCAUGCAGCUGUGUCAUGACAGAGGCUACCUGGUGACCCAAGAUGAGUUGGACCAGACCUUGGAUGAGUUUAAAAGUCAGUUUGGGGACAAACCCAGCGAGGGUCGCCCACGACGGACAGAUCUCACUGUCCUGGUAGCACACAAUGAUGACCCCACAGACCAGAUGUUUGUUUUCUUUCCUGAGGAGCCUAAAGUUGGUAUUAAGACCAUCAAGAUGUACUGCCAGCGGAUGCAGGAGGAAAACAUCACACGUGCCUGCAUUGUAGUUCAGAUGGGAAUGACACCUUCGGCUAAGCAGUCUCUAGUUGAUAUGGCGCCCAAAUACAUCCUGGAACAGUUUCUGCAGCAGGAGCUUCUAAUAAACAUCACUGAGCAUGAGCUAGUUCCUGAACACAUAGUCAUGACAAAAGAGGAACUGUCUGAGUUGCUGUUACGAUAUAAACUGAAGGAGAGCCAGUUGCCUAGGAUCCAACAAGGAGAUCCUGUAGCCCGGUACUUUGGAUUGAAAAGAGGCCAGGUAGUAAAGAUAAUCAGACCCAGUGAGACUGCUGGACGAUACAUCACCUACAGGCUGGUCCAGUGAGGAUUUCAAUGUAUGUUGCUGUACUAAGGAACAGCGUGUGGGCCAAUAAAACUCAUGGAUUAUUCCACAGCUGGCCUCAUCUCUUUGGAUUAAGUUUAGCUUUUGUUAAUUUGUUCAAUAAAUCCUUUGACAUAUCUUUCCAAA